GUACUUUUUAAUUGAACGAGUAUAGAAAUUCAUCUCUUGGCUUUGGUUAGCGCAGUGUUUUUGAAACAACCACGUCCAGUAAUCUGGGUCACCGCCUGAGUGAGGUGAAGAGGUUUCGACUGAUACAAGAACACGGAAACAUUGUUUCAUUCGCACAAAUAAAAUGGCAUCAGUGAGUACAAGAAGAAAUUUAAAGACCGACUCGCUACCCGCUCCAGAAGCGCCUCUCCUCAGCGACGGAUGCGCCUCGCUGGACUUCGAUCUGACCAGAUGGGUAUCAGUAGAGAGCCUCAGUUUCUGUCCAAGAGGAAGGUGCCCUCCUCCCACACGCCCCAGGUGUCCAGCUCCUUCCAAUGGAACCCCACCACCACAGAGCCCCCACAGAGACGGGAUGAGACCCCCAGACCUGGUACCUCUCCCCUGGCUCCUACCCCAGAGAGAGUCCACACCCCUCUGGCCCCUAGAGGUCCCCCUCCUCCAGGGGACCCCCAACGAGGCCCAACCACUCUUCAUGUCCAGACCCACACCCGGAGCCCCCUGGCUACUGUAGGGAAACAGGACCAAACUUUCAAUGGGGUUGACUAUGUGUUGAGGAGGAAGGCAGGGCUGAAGUCGUCUGGACAGAGGACCGGACUACAGAAGUCAGAGUACAGGAAACAGUUCCCGUGGAAGACACCUGUAGCUGGCCACGCCUCCCCACUGCUGGCUGCAGAGCAGAUGCUGUACACCAGCCACCGUUCCAUCCCUCCUUUCAAGUCUAACCCGGUGGUGGUGGUGGAGAGCGAGUACAGCAGGAACUUUAAAGCCUCUCCACCUCCCAGAGGACCACGGCUACGCAGCCAUGUAGACGGGGACCAGGUGCCUCUGUUCCAGAGAGAGAACGUUUCACCCGAGAAAGCAUCAAAGAGCAAGCGGAAGAAGAAGAGGGAAGAAAGAGAGUCCAGCAUCGUAGAGGAGAACAUUCCACUUCCACAGCCUCGGGAGCAGCUGGCGGACCAGGAAGUGAAGUCACAGAGCCCCCAGAAGGCACAUCUCCCCCACAGAAAGGUGAAAUCAGAGUAUAAUGCCAACUUCCGCUCUCCGCUGAACUACAUAUAUAAGGACGGCGCCUGGGUCAAGGCUUCCACACUAGGAGAGGAGGGGCGUGACAGUCAGCAUAGUCACGUUUGGUAUCACGAGGUGCGAGAGCUUCGUAAGAAGGCGGAGGCCUACAGACAGAGGGCGUGGGGGACCCAUUUCUCCCGCCUCCACCUCAACCAGAUCCUGUCGGACCAGAACCAGCUGUGGGAGGCCUCCACCCCUUCCUCCUCUAACCUCAGCUCUGGGACAGGUUCCGGGGACGGGGAGGAAGACAGGAGUCCUACCCCCCAGGCUCUGGAGCUCGCUAGGGUUGACAGUAGCUCCAGCUCUGUAGCCGGACCCCCUCCCCUCACCCCCGUGUCCAGUAGAAGGAGCUCCACCCGGGGGGCUGGGGACACAGCAGGCCCCCCUGGUCACCUUAACCCUGGAGCCUCUAACCUACCUGUUCAGAGGAGACUAGCCUGGGAGGAGGAGACAGGGGCUGGGGGUGGAACAGGGAAGGAGAGAGAGGAAGAAGAGGACAAGGAGAGAAAGGAUGAGAGAAAGGAUGAGAGAAAGGAUGAACUGAGGGUGCAGGACCAUCGUUCGUCGUCUGUAGCAGGCUCCCACAGGUCCAGAGAGGGUGGCAGGAUGCCCACACCCACACUGCAAAGGAUCGCUACUGUUCAGAGAACUCACCACGACCUGACGACUCCAGCCACUGGAGGUGCUAUCCUGGUGUCUCCUCCUAAGACGGAGGCGAACGGCUGGGCGAAGAGAAGUGAACCUCCGUUGGGUAAAACCCGUUCCCCAUUUAAACACCUCUCCAGACAGAAUGAGGAGCGGAACCAGCCCCAGUCCUCUCCUGCAGCUGGGGUGACUACUGUGGACCCCCUCCCCCUGAGAGAGGACCCCUGGCUGGGGGAGACCUCUCCGGAGGACCCCCCUGAUCCCCCACUGGAGGCCUCGCGCAAACAACCCAACGCCGCCGUCCCGGCACCUGUUAACCGCAUCCAGGGGACGCUCAGAGACCCAGAGUUCCAACAUAACGGUAAUUUAGGCCUGAGGACGUCUGAGCUGCUGCUGUGUCCUGGUGGUGGCUGUGGAACUGAUGAUGAAGAUGACAGGAUGUCCCAGAUCUCAUCCAGGUCAGCAGCGUCCUGCUCUAUGGCCUCCCAGGUCCUGGACCGAGCCCAGAGGAGGAAGGACCACUUUUGGGGGAAGAGAUAACAGGAAACACUGAGGGUCCAGGGUACAAGUCCCUGUUUGGGCGCCAAUCCCUAUUUAGUGCACUUCUGUUAAGAGGAGGAAGGAUGACUUCUGGGGGAAGAGAUAACACCAUUGACACACACUAUGUGCUAAACAGCGCCCUAUUCCCUAUGUAGUUCCCUACCUUUUGUCUCUGAGGGAAGAUAUGACAACACUGACACACAGCACAGUCUGAACCACCAUGUGUCCCAAAUGGCACCACAUCUACCCGACCAUAUAGUACCCUGUUCUAACAGUUUUGUAACUAUUCCCCAGGUUGUUGCUGUAAAUGAGAAUGUGUUCUCAGUCAACCUACCUGGUAAAAUAAAAAAUAUAAAUAGUGCACAGCUCUAGGGGAUAGGUGUCAUGGCAGCAUACUACACUGAUCCACACUGCCCCCCCCCCCCCCAAUAGUACCCUAUUCUGUAUGUAGUGCACUACCUUGGGCCAGACCCUUGGGAGGAAUAUAUUGGGGACAGACUGUGAUGUCAACAGUGACAGAAGCUUCACAGCCUAUAGCCCAACCACUGGAGAUAGGUAGACAAUCAAUUGUUAUGGGUUUAUAUGACCAGUGUCCAGACUACUAGACUGAAUCUGGGUUUAUAUGACCAGAGUGUCCAGACUACUAGAUUGAAUCUGGGUGUAUAUAACCAGAGUGUCCAGACUACUAGACUGAAUCUGGGUUUAUAUAACCAGAGUGUCCAGACUACUAGACUGAAUCUGGGUUUAUGUGUCCAGACUACUGGACUGAAUCUGGGUUUAUAUAACCAGAGUGUCCAGACUACUAGACUGAAUCUGGGUUUAUAUAACCAGAGUGUCCAGACUACUAGACUGAAUCUGGGUUUAUAUGACCAGUGUCCAGACUACUAGACUGAAUCUGGGUGUAUAUAACCAGAGUGUCCAGACUACUAGACUGAAUCUGGGUUUAUAUAAAUAACCAGUGUCCAGACUAGUAGACUGAAUCUGGGUUUAUAUAACCAGAGUGUCCAGACUACUAGACUGAAUCUGGGUUUAUGUGUCCAGACUACUGGACUGAAUCUGGGUUUAUAUAACCAGAGUGUCCAGACUACUAGACUGAAUCUGGGUUUAUAUAACCAGAGUGUCCAGACUACUAGACUGAAUCUGGGUGUAUAUAACCAGAGUGUCCAGACUACUAGACUGAAUCUGGGUGUAUAUAACCAGAGUGUCCAGACUACUAGACUGAAUCUGGGUUUAGGUGUCCAGACUACUAGACUGAAUCUGGGUUUAUAUAACCAGAGUGUCCAGACUACUAGACUGAAUCUGGGUGUAUAUAACCAGAGUGUCCAGACUACUAGACUGAAUCUGGGUUUAUAUAACCAGAGUGUCCAGACUACUAGACUGAAUCUGGGUGUAUAUAACCAGAGUGUCCAGACUACUAGACUGAAUCUGGGUUUAUGUGUCCAGACUACUAGACUGAAUCUGGGUUUAUAUGACCAGAGUGUCCAGACUACUAGACUGAAUCUGGGUUUAUAUAACCAGAGUGUCCAGAUUACUAGACUGAAUCUGGGUGUAUAUGACCAGAGUGUCCAGACUACUAGACUGAAUCUGGGUUUAUAUAAAUAACCAGAGUGUCCAGACUACUAGACUGAAUCUGGGUUUAUAUAACCAGAGUGUCCAGACUACUAGACUGAACCUGGGUUUAUAUAACCAGAGUGUCCAGACUACUAGACUGAAUCUGGGUGUAUAUGACCAGACUACUAGACUGAAUCUGGGUGUAUAUAACCAGACUACUAGACUGAAUCUGGGUUUAUAUAACCAGAGUGACCAGACUACUAGACUGAAUCUGGGUGUAUAUAACCAGACUACUAGACUGAAUCUGGGUGUAUAUGACCAGACUACUAGACUGAAUCUGGGUUUAUAUGACCAGUGUCCAGACUACUAGACUGAAUCUGGGUGUAUAUAACCAGACUACUAGACUGAAUCUGGGUGUAUAUGACCAGAGUGUCCAGACUACUAGACUGAAUCUGGGUGUAUAUAACCAGACUACUAGACUGAAUCUGGGUGUAUAUAACCAGACUACUAGACUGAAUCUGGGUUUAUAUAACCAGACUACUAGACUGAAUCUGGGUUUAUAUAACCAGACUACUAGACUGAAUCUGCGUGUAUAUGACCAGAGUGUCCAGACUACUAGACUGAAUCUGGGUUUAUUUAAUCAGACUACUAGACUGAAUCUGGGUUUAUAUGACCAGACUACUAGACUGAAUCUGGGUGUAUAUGACCAGUGUCCAGACUACUAGACUGAAUCUGGGUUUAUAUAACCAGACUACUAGACUGAAUCUGGGUGUAUAUAACCAGAGUGUCUGGGGGACCCUCCCUAUUUGUAUGAAUUUAGUUCAGAUGUUUUGUAAUAAUGUAUUGAAUGAAGUGUAAAUAACUAGGUUUGUAUUUAUUUUAAAUUAUUUUGUUUCAUUAUAUGGAGAACCACUUUUUUAUUGUUAUCUUUUUACUGUAUUGUCGAUUCUGCAUUGUUCAUAUAUUUCUUGAUACACUAUCCUUGUUGGAAAGUGAAUUAUGCACUACUACUGCUACUACGAAUCAACAUUGAUGCAAUUGAAACAUGUUGUAUAGAUUUGUAUAAGAGAUAUACACUGUGUGUUUGGAUACAACAACUGUUGAGAGGAAAUAUGAAAUAAAUGUUGGAACAAUC